AUGGAGCAUUCAUUUCCAUCAGAAUCUCCUUCUGUCGGGAAAACAGGAGCAUUGGUGACCAAGAUGAUGGUUGAUCCAUUUGAAGUGCGAAUGCGCUUCACAACUCAGCUGCAGCACCUGAGUGCCUCCGUCACGUCUUCACAAAAAGCGGCCCACUAUGCUCUCAAAUACCGCGAUCUGGAUGAGGAUCUUCAUUCCUGUAUAUUGGAGCAGCUUGAAAGAAAUAACAUGAACAACCGAGCCAAUAUAAUGUCCUUCAUCGAACACUUCUGUGAAAUGGCCACCAAAGAGAACCACCUUCCCUACGUUCGAAUGAUGCAACGAGACAUUCUCCGCGUCGUCGAUGCAGUUGUUCCACCUGACGGUACCGGUGCUGCCAAUGUGAAACACGUUCGUCGAGUCUUGGGUAGCUUGCAGACCAAGGAAAUCCUCUCCGCCGAAACCGUUACUGAGAUCGACGCCGCCCUCAAGGAUCGCGAUACACACCCGGCCCAUUUGGAUCUAGAACAAGAAGAAGGGCCCGAAGACAGUGCUAGGUCCAAAACUGGGACCCCGCGUAACCCCAAAGCCCAUGGUAUGCGAGUCGACAAACGACAGAUUGAACAAAGAAUCGAGGAGGAUCGUGAGCGCAAUAAGCGCCUGAGAGAAAGCAUGUGGACAGUCAGUGGAGAUGAUGCAGAUGAAUGGGCAAAGCUCUUGGAUGAAGUGAGCGAUAUUGGAGAGGAUGACUAUAUUAACUCUAAGGAGGAGGCCAUGGAACGAGAGCAGGUGGCUGCCACCCUUCAGGCAGGCGUUUGA